CCUGUGCCCAUAAGGACUUAGAGUAGCUCCAAGCCUCCAAUUAGCAUUUAGUAGCAAAUCAGCAUCAAAAAAAUCCAUAAAAGACAAACAAAACUCUCUUUUCCCCUCCCACAAUCUCAUCUCUCCCUUCUCUUAACCUUGACUGCAUCUGAUCUCCCUAAUUCUUCUGCAGAUUUACCCAUUUGUCUCUAUAAAUUCAACACAAAUUUGAGAACACAUAAACACAUAAACCAAGAACAAACAUCAUCAUUUAAAAAUGCAAGUAGCUGAAAUGCAAAGGCAGCUUGUUGAUUUUACAACCUCCCUAUUCAACGAGGGAUAUUUGGAUAAUCAAUUUACACAGUUACAACAAUUGCAAGAUGAAAGCAACCCAGGAUUUGUAAUGGAAGUUAUCACCCUUUUUUUUGAGGAUACUGAAAGACUCCUUCGUGAUUUGUCUUCUGCUUUUGAUCAUCAGGCUGUGGAUUUUAAAAAGGUGGAUGCCCAUGUUCACCAGUUGAAGGGUAGCAGUUCUAGCAUAGGCGCGCAGAGAGUUAAAAACGCUUGCGUUCAAUUUCGUAAUUACUGUGAGCAGAAAAAUGCUGAGGGUUGCCAAGCUUGCCUACAACAAGUAAAUCAGGAAUACUUUCUUGUGAAAAGCAAACUUCAAAUGCUUUUUAAGAUGGAGCAACAGAUCAUAUCUGCAGGCGGGUCGAUUCCUUUAGUGGAGUGAAUGGUUCGAUGUAGUCGCUGAAGAGUGAAUAAUCUCAAAGGUUGCAACUUUCGACUAAUAAGAUUGUCCAUUACUCACUUGUAGAGAGUAUUUGUUUUGCAUUCGGGUUUAUGUUAAACGUAUAGACUUCGUACUAAUGUAGAAAUCCGUCGUUCAAUUCCGUAUGGCUACCUUUGUACCUUGAAAGCCUUGAAAACAAACUACUGUUAGGUUUAAUGAUGUUACCUUUCCACUCUAUAAGAACAUGUAGGUUUGUUUGUCAUAAUGCUUCCUCAAGGUUAAAACAUAACUCUACUCUCAAUUGUGUGUUCA